AUGGAGAAGCAUAUUUGGACACAUGUGCCAUUCCCAUCUCCACCUCUGACUUCCAAUCACGAUCCCACUUCAUCUAAAAGUGAGGCUGAGAGCAAUGAUCCACUUGACACAAUCUCUGCCGUCAAGCACAACCUUCAAUAUUUGUCUAAGGCAACAGAUUCCAACAAGUUGAACAAAGAAUAUGCUGGAGAAGUGAAGCAAACUCUAAAAGCAAAAAGUCGGAGCAAAGAGUUAGAGUCCCUCAAGUUAAAAUUGGAAGAGACAAAGAAAUAUGUUGUCAAAAAAUUUACAAAAUUUGAAGAAUAUAACCAUGACAUGGUUGAAUGUUUCAACAACGGAUUCGAAAUGUUCCAAGAUUAUGCUUCGGUCAUCUCACCAGACUACAAUUGGAGUAAAAUUGAUGUAGCUAGUGUCUGGGAGGUGCUGAAUAUGGGUGGAGAGGGAAUGGCUCACCAUAGCCUCGUGCAUGCAGCGAAGAGGAUUGACAAAGACAUGGAUCUUUUGAUGGACCUAUAG